AUGCCCGAAAGAACGGCGACAGCAAAGGGGGCGUCUCCUCCGCAUCCGGGGGCGGCGCCACGGCCACGCCCCCCACGGACCGGAAGAGCAAGUUGUCCACCCUGGGCAAGAUCUUCCGGCCCUGGAAGUGGAAGAGGAAGAAGAAGAGUGAGAGGAUCGAGAAGACGGCAGUGGGUGAGUAGCUGGUCAGCGUCUUGUGUCGU